GUUGUUUUCUUUCAGUCACAGAUGGACUGAGGGACCAGGCUGCGCUCGCUGAUCACACGUUCUCUGCAGACAGGUAAAAUGCUUCUCACUGUAACCUCCCUGGAAGAUCCUGGGCCUCCCUCUCCAUCCCCACCACCCACAGCGCCCAAACCUGCGAAAGACAAUGCACGGCUUCAGCGCCUCCUGCGAAAAGCUGCAAAGAGAAGUGGGGUGCAGCAGCAACCAACCCAACCCCCUAAAUCUUUCCGCUCAACUUUAUCACCAGUUAGUGAAGGUGACUUGGAAAGCCUUGAACCUGCAACCCCCAAGAAACAUGUUCCCCCUUCCCUUAUCUUGCCCCCUCGCUUCCAAAUAAAGACAGUGACCCACCGAGUGCCAUCUCCUUAUCCGAAGCAUCGCAGUUUCACAUUUACUGUAAGUGAGCAACAAAGUAUCAGUCAGUAUCUCAGCUCACCCUCUCCUCGUGACACUCCAUCACCACGUCCAACGAGGGCCAUCACACCCACUGUACAUUUAGUAAUCAAUACCUCGAAUGCUACUCCACAACAAGUUAGUGGUGAUGACCCAAACCCACCAUCCAAUGAAUCUUCUACAUUUAAAUCUACACACUCAGACAAAGCAGCUACAACUAACCUACUGGUUUCUAAUGACGUGGUCACAUGUAAUGGGAACUUUUUUGAAGGAGCCAAUACAAAGGCUGGACAACUAAAUUUAAAUACAGAAGACAAAAGUAAAAAGAGUCAAAGUGAUACAUUUCUCACAAAUACAGAAAUAGGCUAUUGCACCUCAAAAUUGGGGGACACAAAUUCAGACAAGACUAUAAGCAAUCUUAGAACAAGCACCGAGGUGGUUGUAGUACACAGGAAGUCCUUUCAGGUAGAGCAAGAAAGUCAUACAAAUCAAGCUAGUGCUUGUUACUCUCCUGCUUCAGUGAAAACAAUACAGUUUGUGGUUUCUCCUGUGCUGGAGACCACAAAAAAGAAUGCAUGUUUGUCCACACCUUCCAGGGGUACAGAUAUUCCAGAUAUCAUUAUAUCUUCUGAUUCAGGAAAUUGUAAUGUAUUAACUGAAAUGCAAUUGACUGAAAAUCAGAAAACUCCAAAUGUAACAGAUUUGCCUAAAGAGUCCGGCGCAGCACCUUCAGAAUAUGUACCAAAAAGUCCCAAGACACAGAUCACACAUCCGCUAACUGGUUCAUCUCCUACUGGAAAACUUGCAGGGAUCAAACCCCCUUCAGAAAAACCAUCUACCACAGAGGAAAUUAACCUUCUAAAAAACCCUGAUCGGGCCAAGCCACCGAGGAAAAAGCCUGGUGGAGGGUGGGCACGACUGAUGAAGCACCUGGUGGUUGAGCCUGAUGAACCAAAAUUUUCUGAAUCACAAAGGACAGAUGUGAAAGAAGAGACAUCAGGUGAUGAUAUAGUGAUGGCCACUGAUGUUCAACAGCCAAGUCGGAGUUCUCGUGCUAACAAAAUGUGGGAUGCUCUACUAUAUCACAUGGCUACAACCCCCAAGGGGCAGGAGAAGACAGGUCCGGGAUCCGAGGCUCCACCUCCACUCCCAUUUCUACGCUCCCGUCUACCACUUCUCCUGCACAGACCUAGAUUUGAUGCACGCAAAUUGAAAGAAGCUGCAUCACGCCCUCUGCGCCGAGUCACUGCUUUCUUCCACCGGAAAACUGGUGAAAAGCCAGCGACUAGUUUCAAUAGAACCGCAUCUGGCUGGAGCAUCCGAGGUGAAGAUACCGAGAAUUCAUAAUGGGAUAGCGCAGAGGGCAAGGAAAAGGAGCAGUUAGUGCUUCAGAGGAGCAUAAUCAACACUUGGAAAUCUCAGAUGAUGCAAACACAAUGUCUAGUACUGCUAAUACGCAAUGCCACACAAUUAGGCUGACGUUACCCAUCACUCCAUCUACACAGGUUAUCAGUUUAUUCCAAGGAUGCAUGUUUACACCAACCCAAUCAGUCUUUGUGUGUCUCUGCAGAUAUAAAUAAAUAUGCUCAUCUCUGCCAAUACAACGUCUCCCUUCUGUGCCCUUAAAACACAUUGUAUCUUCCUCUAAGAGCGGUGACCACUUUGGCCCUGUUUAAUGGGAAGUUUUAGGAUAUGUCAGGUUUUGAUAAUUGUUUAUGUUUCAACUGUUAGACCAUAACUUCGAAAAGCUGACUAAGGAUGAAAGGAACUGUAGUGCAACAUGGGUUGGGGGUCUGUAGAUUCCCAGCCUGGAUUGAGAAGGUAAUGGCAAAAUAAAUGGAAAGGAAAUGGAAGUGAGAAAAAAAAGAUCUAACGAGAUGGACUAGAAAAAGAGUAAAACAGAGAUAAUGAGGUCGAGGAAAGGAGAGCGGCAAUGUAGGUACUUAGAUAAUAUUUAUAUAUUUAAUAUACGAGAGGGUGGAGGAAAGGAGAGCGGCAAUGUGGGUACUUAGAUAAUAUUUAUACAUUUAAUAUAUGACAGCUGACUACUUACCUCAGGGCUCAUCCACCAAAAUCUUCUCGUAUUUUCCAUGUCCGGUGGAUACAAACUUGUACUUCUUAUUAGAUGUAUUCUGGGAGAAGACAAGGUGAAGGUCAGUUCUGCAAAUAGCCCUCUUGUAUUGUACUGCUUUAAAAAUGCUCUUUCUGAUGUUAAAUUAUAUAAAAUUCUUUCUGAACGCGGCAGAUACCAUAGUGUAUAACGCACUGCGAUACACGUUACUGCCGAUCUAAUUCUUUCUGAGCCUCCUACCUCUUCCUGGUACUUACAGUAAUUUUGGGAAAUAGGUAAUCUCAAUCUGUAGUUUUAACUUCCGCUCUCCCUCGUUCUCAAUUUACUUUAUUAUCCGGGUCGUGCCAGCAAAGAGCAUCUUACGCUGGGCUCAGUAAGAGGGAUUAGGGAAGAGCAGUCUGUGCCUCUAGAUUGGGAGGUCAGGAUCCUUCCAUACGUAAAACAAGGGAUACAUGGGCUGCAAGGUUAUUUAAGACUUGGGUUAAGUCCCAUCUCCAACCCCAAUGAACUCUAGUGAUAUGUCAGUAUACAGUGAGCUGAUGGUGAACACAAAACACAGAAUAAGACACGUAAUCAGUUACAAUACAGGGAUACCCCUGUAUCCGAUGUUUGACUUGCUGUGGUUUCACCUAACCAGGGUUGCACAAGACUCCAUCACCGCGUAUGAUGAAAUCUCAUGCAGUCCAGUAAACCCUCACAAUCGCUGUUCUUGUUGUGCCAAAUUGGUAAAUGAAAUAUUAUCAUUAAAUACUGUACAUGAAGAUAAAGUUUAAUUAAGAAACUUGUGUACAUGGAGUUCACUACAAUCUGUGUUUUUUGGCACCAGCGGGGGGUGGUAGGGUCCGAUUGUAUUUGUACAUAACCAUUUGGGUGUUAAAAUGUUAAUUUGGCCAUGCACAGACUUGCUGGAGCACCGAGCAAGUGUAGCAAUGCCUUAGCAUGUCCUUGGUGUAAAUGACAAUGAUGGGACAUGGAGUUGGCACCGAUCAGUUAUAAAGUCCUUUAAAUACCAGCAGUGUGACAUUCUAACGUUAAGUGACCUUUUGUGUUAAUUCUCUUUAAUCCUCAGAAUCAUUCAUUAUGUAAUCCAGCUUAGUGCGAUUUUCACAGCAAUCCUGUACAAUGAGCUAACAAAAAUGUGUAAUUCUAGAUAUGUGUAAUAAAUUAAAAAUAAAUGCACAAA